UGGACCUGAGAACACCAGAGACCAUGGUGGAGAGUGUUGUAUCAAGCCUGGACCUGAGGACACCAGAGACCAUGGUGGAGAGAGUUGUAUCAAGCCUGGACCUGAGAAAAAACAGCUACUUUUGACUUCAGGGAUUCCUCAGAGCUGUAAGACUUGUGACCAUGUUCAGGACUCCACACACUGGCUUCAGAUUGAACCCUUGACUUCCACUGUCCAGGGAGUGACAAUGUUCAGGCACAGGACACCCAAAGGGAGUUAUGAGUGCACAGUGUCUGGGCUCCGCUGGCUGUGUGAGAGAGAUGUCAUUCUGAAGUAUCACUUCAGGAACUGGGAACCCUACAGUCACCUUCUGAAAGACAUGCAGUACACACAAGGUGGUCCAUUGCUGGAUAUCACUAUGGAGUUAGGUGAACUGGAGGAAGUUCAUCUGCCACACUGUGUCUGUUUAGGGACCAACCCGUCCCUGAGGAAUGAGAUGAAGAUUCUUCAUGUAGAGGAACAUGGAGUGUCUUUAGAGGAAGUGCAUGAGGUUACCAGAUUCCAUGCUAAAAUUCUCCAUCCCAAGUUCUCACUUAUCUCUGUUAUACUGAGAUUACUGUCUUUGAACAUAGAUGUCCACUGUGACGUGGUCCUCUAUAUGGCAGUAAAAAGGUCAACAGUCAUUUCAAGGCUGUACCUGCUCCUCAGAAACUCCAGUCAGAAAGAGGCUGUUCAGGAACGGGAGAAAGAUCAGGUGUCCAAAGGAUUUUCAGAAUUCGUCCUGUCAAGUCCAAACGGGCCCUUAAAGCUGAACAGUUUGUUUGCAUUCAAGAAUCCCCACUCCACUUCCAUCAAUCCAGAGAAGAUUCAGCUGUUACCUGCAGACACCACACCAAGCUGUUGUCAGAUGAUUAUGAGAAACACAGGGGUUGACAUUGAGAUGGAAUUAAUCGGGGAAGAUGAGAGGACAGUAUGGAAAUCAGUGGUAUCAAAAGAUGUAUACAGCAAAGACUCUCAUCCAACAUCAUUAAUACUCAUUGGGAUUCCUGCUGAGGAGUUUCUUCAGAAUCACAGGGCUAUACUCAUUCAGGGAGUCAAAAACCCAAUGCCAAUAGCAGAUGUUCUGCGGUCAAAGGGCAUGAUUGGUGAUGAAGAGUACUCCAGAAUAAAAGCUGAAACAACUGAACAGGACCGAAUGAGAGAACUACUGAAUGCAGUCCUCCCUAAAGGACCAGAAGUGACGGGAGCUUGUCUCAAAGCUCUCAUUGAACAUGAACACCAUCUUGUUAAGCACUUGAGUGAAUCUAGCACCUAAUCUGAAGAUGCUGAGGCCUGUCUCCUAGUCUGUGGACAAAGGCACUUCUUCACCUAAUCUGAAGAUGCUGAGGCCUGUCUCCUAGUCUGUGGACAAAGGCACUUCUUCACCUAAUCUGAAGAUGCUGAGGCCUGUCUCCUAGUCUGUGGACAAAGACACUUCUUCACCUAAUCUGAAGAUGCUGAGGCUUGUCUCCUAGUCUGUGGACAAAGACACUUCUUCACCUAAUCUGAAGAUGCUGAGGCCUGUCUCCUAGUCUGUGGACAAAGACACUUCUUCACCUAAUCUGAAGAUGCUGAGGCCUGUCUCCUAGUCUGUGGACAAAGACACUUCUUCACCUAAUCUGAAGAUGCUGAGGCCUGUCUCCUGGUCUGUGGACAAAGACACUUAAAUGAUUGUAAGGGAAAUGUUUAUGUUUGUGCUAUUCUUUUAACAAAUGUCUGUGUUUUAUUCAUGUGCUGUUCUAUAAACUAAUUUGUGUGUUCAUCAAGUGGCUGACUGUACAAAUCCUCACUAUCAGUAGCUGUAAUUUGGCAGUAAGCCCAGACGUUGUUUUGAGAACGAGAUAUCUCAGUUUCAAGGUCUCAGCUUAGAGAGAAGAAGACUGGUGAGGUGUUGGUCUGUUAAAUGUUAUGAACCAGUAUUGGUCUGUCAAAUGUUAUGAACCAGUAUUGGUCGGUCACAUGAAUGGAACAAAACGGUAAUGAUUCAUUAAUUAUGCUAAAUCAUG